CUGGACGUUGAGCGGGGGUGUGGGGGAGAAGCUUUGUUGUCGGAUUGGCGGGGUCCGAAUCCAGCAUCAGACGCGUUGCAAGCUUGCAACCCGCUCGCCCCGUCCGUCGCACUGCAUUGACCAUUGAUACUUGCAAUACAAACAUCAAAUACAGCUCCGUUGGGCCCCAAGGCUGCGGGUCGUCGGCACUACCAGCAGCCUGUCUAGCAGCGACUCCCGUUAAUUCCAGCGUAAUGAAUCCAGCCUUCUUAUUUAUUUGAUACAUACACUCUUAGAGCCCGUGCACGCGUGGCCACGAAAUGGGCAAUGUGGCUCCCGCUGCGCGGCGCCAUAGCGUUGUAACAGCCCUGAAGGACUUCGGGGCUGAACUGGAGCUCUUUCAGCAGGCCGAUCUCGAUAUCCUGUGGGAACAACGGUAUUGCACCGUCGACAGCCUGCGGAGUGCCACUCAUCAAGGCCUUCAAGCCUCUGAGCUGCCGCUGAGCCUCGUUGACCACAUCUUGUCGCUGCAAGCCUCGGCGGCUGGCCUGGCCGUGGGGAGCGCGGCAGGAGUCGGCUCGCUGCCGGCUGCUGCUGGCGUAGCCGGUGGCCCCAGCGCCGCGGGGAGCACGGAGCAGGCAGACGCCGAGUCGCUGCGCGAAGUUGUACGUGCGGCAAUACGGGAGACGUGGCUUGAGAUGGAGGCGAAGCAGCGGCGUGCACGCAAGCCUCAGUCCUUCUCCUCAGUGGGCAGCCAGGACGUGGACACCCUCAUAAGGAGUGUCAAGCUGGUGGCGGUCCGUGGCGAGGCGGUGGCGCCGCAGGAGGCACAGGUGCCGGAAGGCACACCUGAAUGCGCCAGCUUUGUGCGACAGGAGGGCUGCAGUGAGGAUGCCAUGACGCCAGCGCUCCUGCAGCACCACCAGCAGCAGCUGAAGAAGCUCGGCGUCGUGUUUGACGAGCUGGGCGGUUUUGAGAUGUACGAUACCCACAGCAAGGGCAAGCUCUUGCAGUUCACAUGUGAUGAGAAGUCCUUCUCCGGCGGCUUUGCCGGCUGCGUCGCCCCGUACGGCCUGACGGAGUGGAGUCUUGUGCACCAACUUCGGAUCAUCUAUGAGCACAAGCUCAACAUCAAGGCACCCCACAAACGCCAAGCGGUCGUGGAGCUGCUUGGGGCGUAUGCCUGCAGCCCCUGCCCGGUGCUUUUGGACCUGACGGAUGGCCGGAAGCACAACGUCUACACGCUACGCAACAGGCGCUUGUUUGUGUGGGAGAAUCUGACGCCGACGCAGGCGUACUACUUGCAGGCGCAGCACCUGCGGGCGGCGGGCAGCCUGCGGGCGGGCCUCGACCUGCAGCUGCACCAACUCCCCGAGGAGGAGCAGCAGACCGUGCGCCACGUGCAACAGGUCCUGAGCCCCGCGUUUGGUGGCGAGACCGCGCUGCAGGAGCAGCUGGACUCCGUGCUGCCCUUCAUGCCGCCAGAGGAGCGCGAGUCGGUGGAGCUGGAGCUGGUCAGCUCGUGGGCGCAAGCUGCAGACUUUUCUCAACCGCCCGAGGAGGCCCAGACCCCCGCGCCGUCCUGCCCCUGACGCUGCCUUUCUAUGCGUGGUUUCGGGGAUUCGGUGCUUGUACCUGGUGGCCGUCGUCCUGGUGCCGGUCAUGGAGCGGCCAGUCUCCUGGAUGCGUGCGGCGGGCCGCCGUACAUGCCAUCGGUGGAGUAGUAAGACCGGGGGUGCCGCGCAACUGGUAGGUUGCAGUGGUGGCUACUGGGGUGGUGGCAUCAUCAUGAACACGAUGCUGCAGGUGCACCUGUUCGCGUUCAGCGGGCUGCUGCUGGAGUAGUCAGGGCGCCAGCUGGAUGGCUGCUGCAAGGGCAGCAGCAGCAGCCCGGGCACGGGACGUGACGUCAACUCCGCAACCGACAUCCGGCACGCGCUGGUGGAGAUGCUGCUGGGGCACAAGCGACCUGCAUCGCUGCAGACUGGCGGCGGCAGCGGCGGCGGCGGCAGCGGCGGCGGCGCGUGCGCGCAUCUUGGUAGCGGAGGGGGCGGGAAAGGCCACGUGGAGGAAGAGAGCGCAGCGCCGCCCAAGAAGCGGCGCAAGUGCGCAGGCUGAGGAGCCGGCUGGUGUCUAGGUAGCGGUCCGCGGUGGGGCUGGCAGGGCAUGCGUAGGGGCAUGACAAGUAGUGCGGCUGUUGACAACUGUGCUGCGAUUGGCUCUGCCGUGGCAUCGCGAUUGCUAGGCACCCGGUUUGGCUAUGUGCCUGUUGAAAUCGACCCCGGCUAUGUCCGGGCGAUGAGGUUGUUCGGCCUCAGACUGUAGAGGGGCUCAGCCCCUUUGCCCGUGACCAGGGAACACUUGUCACAGACGUGUGUGUUACGCCGACUGUGUGCACACAAAUAACCUAGUGCUGGCAUGCGAACAACACGUAUGGCAAAAUCGAAAUGCAUCAUACGGCGCCAUGACAGAAUGCAGAGCGGGUAGCGGCACCAUGCACGUGCGUCUGUGUGUUUGUGUCGUGUGUGAUGUGCGUGUGGCAUAGGUAGGGGGCUGCGCAGCACUUGCAGACCAGCUGCCCUAUGGCAGCCAAGUCGCCGUUACGGGGCCGUUGGGAUGUGGGGGCCCAGCCCCGUAACUGAUCGGGGCAAGAGGUAGGCCCUUUACACCGGCGCCGACGUUACGGGGCAGUUGGUGGAUGGGGUCCGUAGACGCGGUAGGGGCAGUUUGCGCCAAGGGUCCGUGGGUGCGACGGCUGUCAUGCCCCCCAUCGGGUCCGUAACCAACGGCUUUUGUAGAGCCACCUAAUGGGGCGCCGACGGGGCGUCUGAGCUUGGGUCCGUCUGCCUUGAGGCACCGUGGAUGCGCACGGACCGUGGAUCAUAACGGGUG